GUCCAUGGCUGGACCCCGCUGUCGUGGGCGGCCGAGUUUGGGCGCCUCGGGGUGAUGAGGUAUUUGGUCGAGUCGGGCGAGGUGGAAGUGGAUGGCCGUGACCACGACGGGUGGACUCCCCUGACGUGGGCGGCAUCGAAGGGGCGAUUGGACGUGGUACGAUACCUUGUGGCGACGGGGAAGGUAGAUGUUGAAGCGAGGGACAAGAAUCAGAUGACGCCGCUCCAGAUCGCGGCGAGGGAUAACCGAUUACCCGUUGUCGAGUUCCUCAUUCGAGAAGCUGGUGCGGACGCGGGCGCGACGGACUACCAGGGGAGGAAUGCCCUGUGCUGUGUGGUCGAAAGAGCUGAGGCCGAGUCGGGGAUUAAAGGGAUUGUCUUGGCGUUGCUGGCAACGGGGAAGUGUGAUCCUCGUGUUGUGGAUGAAAGAGGACAUUCAGCUUUGUCACUAGCCCAAGAAAGACUGGAAGAGGACCAUGGGAAGUGGCCUGAAGUGCUGAGAUCUCUCGAAUCAUUCGUUCAGGGUGCUUGAAAAUAACGCUCAGGCUCCUGGCAGGAAUCGACAGUAGGGCGCGCCAGGAGGGGGCGCAAUAGCGAUCGUAUUACUGCCAUG